AUGUCCGGCUCUACAGCUUGCUCUCCUGAAGCUAUCGUCGCUGCUCUCAGUGUCCUUCCUCGCGAUACCCUGAAGGGCGAAUACACUAAAUUUUCUAAUGCUGCUGCGGAGGUUUGGGUUGAUUCCGAGGAGGAAGAGGAUCUCUUGCCCAAUAUCGCCUCCGCCCUAGCUACAGCAGUCCAAGUCCGCGAUAAAAAUGAAGAGCAGAGAUCGGUCCUCGCCCUUAUGCUACAUGGAAAACGGGCAACGAUUCAUUAUGUCGCCAAUUCCGGCGAUAAUGAUGGCACUAAGACCCAGUGCCUCGAAGAUCUAUGGAGUACAGUACAAGCAGUUGCUAGGAAGGCAAGGCACUCUCCAAGAAGACGACCCUCUAUGUGA